AUGAGAAUGAUAGACUUCAAUCAUAUCAAGGAUAAUGUUGACCGUUUAAUAUCAGUAAAUACAUUUUUUUCUACGACUAAAGAUUACAACAUUGCAGUCAUCUAUUCUAGUUGUGAAGCUUACAAUGAAGGAUUCGAACUAAUAUCAGUUAUAUUUGAAAUUGAAGCAGAUUUAACUAAUCGUACUAUAAAGAGACCGUUUGCUUCAAUACAAGAUUUGAGUGCGAUUUCUGAUGAACUUGAAGUGCUUUUUUCAGUCGAUUCCAUUUUUCGCAUUAUCAAUGUUCAAGAUCGACGAUUGAACGAAAGAUAUUGGUAUGUCAAGAUGAUAUUAGUUGGCGAAGAUAAUGAUAUCAAAGAACUUCGAAACGAACUCGAAAAAAAAUAUUGUCAAAAUAGUAGUCUGUGUGAUUUGGGAGAUGCUUUAAUUCAGAUGGGUGAUUAUGAAAGAGCGGAAAGAUAUUUUCGCAUGUUAUUAGAAUAUUUACCUGAAACAAAUUCAUUUGUUAGUCACAUAAAUGCAUCAUUGGGAAUGAUUUUUUCGAAUAAAGGAGAUUAUCAGUAA